CCGCCAGGCGGGCGGCCCAGCCCGCCUGAGCCCGCAGCGGCUGCCGCCGCAGCGUCGGGGCGCUGGGUGCGCGGGCUACCGCAGACCGAGCGGACCUGAGUGGGCGACCAGGCGCUUGCCCGCCCAGUGCCACUGCCGCCGCUGCCUCUCCGGAGCGCAAGACCAGGCAUCUUCAGCGCCCGCCCCUGCUGCCGAUGCGGCCCGCACACUUUUAGCUGGGCGGGAGGGCUGGAGAGCCGGGCCGCCGAGAACCGCCAGCGAGCUGUGCCGAGAGUCGCGCCGACCCGCUGCGAUCAGGGACAGGCGCCCACCCGCCGCCGCCGCCCGACCGCUAUGGAUCUAUUCGACUUUUUCAGAGACUGGGACUUGGAGCAGCAGUGUCACUAUGAACAAGACCGUAGUGCACUUAAAAAAAGGGAAUGGGAACGGAGGAAUCAAGAAGUCCAGCAAGAAGACGAUCUCUUUUCUUCAGGCUUUGAUCUUUUUGGGGAGCCAUACAAGACAAACAAAGGUGAUGCACUUGCCAACCGAGUCCAGAACACGCUUGGAAACUAUGAUGAAAUGAAGGAUUUGCUAACUAAUCAUUCUAAUCAGAAUCAUCUAGUGGGAAUUCCAAAGAAUUCUGUGCCCCAGAAUCCCAUCAACAAAAAUGAACCAAGCUUUUUUCCAGAACAAAAGAACAGAAUAAUUCCACCUCACCAGGAUAAUACCCAUCCUUCAGCACCAAUGCUUCCACCUUCUGUUGUGAUACUGAAUUCAACUCUAAUACAUAGCAACAGAAAAUCAAAACCUGAGUGGUCACGUGAUAGUCAUAACCCUAGCACUGUACUGGCAAGCCAGGCCAGUGGUCAGCCAAACAAGAUGCAGACUUUGACACAGGACCAGUCUCAAGCCAAACUGGAAGACUUCUUUGUCUACCCAGCUGAACAGCCCCAGAUUGGAGAAGUUGAAGAGUCAAACCCAUCUGCAAAGGAAGACAGUAACCCUAAGUCUAGUGGAGAAGAUGCUUUCAAAGAAAUCUUUCAAUCCAAUUCACCAGAAAAAUCUGAAUUCGCCGUGCAAGCACCUGGGUCUCCCCUAGUGGCUUCCUCUUUAUUAGCUCCUAGCAGUGGCCUUUCAGUUCAAAACUUCCCACCAGGGCUUUACUGCAAAACAAGCAUGGGGCAGCAAAAGCCAACUGCAUACGUCAGACCCAUGGAUGGCCAGGACCAAGCACCAGACAUCUCGCCAACACUGAAACCUUCAAUUGAAUUUGAGAACAGCUUUGGGAAUCUGUCAUUUGGAACACUCUUGGAUGGAAAACCCAGUGCAGCCAGUUCAAAGACUAAACUGCCAAAGUUCACCAUCCUCCAAACAAGUGAAGUAAGUCUUCCCAGUGAUCCAAGCUGUGUUGAAGAAAUCUUGCGGGAGAUGACCCAUUCCUGGCCUACUCCUCUCACUUCCAUGCAUACUGCUGGACACUCUGAGCAGAACACAUUUUCCAUCCCAGGACAGGAAUCGCAGCAUCUGACCCCAGGAUUCACCUUACAAAAGUGGAAUGACCCAACCACCAGAGCUUCUACAAAGAUGCUUGAGGAUGACCUGAAGUUGAGCAGUGAUGAAGAUGACCUUGAGCCUGUGAAGACCUUGACCACUCAGUGCACUGCCACUGAGCUCUACCAGGCUGUUGAAAAGGCAAAACCUAGGAAUAAUCCUGUGAACCCACCCUUGGCCACUCCCCAGCCCCCACCUGCAGUGCAAACCAGUGGGGGUUCUGGCAGCUCCAGUGAAUCGGAGAGCAGCUCUGAGUCAGAUUCAGACACUGAAAGUAGCACCACUGACAGCGAAUCUAAUGAGGCACCUCGUGUGGCCACUCCAGAGCCUGAACCACCCUCAACCAACAAGUGGCAACUGGAUAAAUGGCUUAACAAAGUGACAUCCCAGAACAAGUCUUUUAUUUGUAGCCAAAAUGAAACACCCAUGGAGACUAUUUCUUUGCCUCCUCCAAUCAUCCAACCAAUGGAAGUCCAGAUGAAAGUGAAGACGAAUGCCAGUCAGGUCCCAGCUGAACCCAAAGAAAGGCCUCUCCUCAGCCUCGUUAGGGAGAAAGUCCGUCCACGGCCCACUCAGAAAAUUCCAGAAACAAAGGCUUUGAAGCAUAAGUUGUCAACAACUAGUGAGACAGUGGCUCAAAGGACAAUUGGGAAAAAACAGCCCAAAAAGGUUGAGAAGAACACCAGCAUUGACGAGUUUACCUGGCCCAAACCAAACAUUACCAGCAGCACUCCCAAAGAAAAAGAAAGCAUGGAGCUUCCUGACCCACCAAGAGGCCGCAGCAAAGCCACUGCCCACAAACCAGCCCCUAGGAAAGAACCAAGACCUAACAUCCCCUUGGCUACCGAGAAGAAGAAGUACCGAGGGCCUGGCAAGAUUGUGCCAAAGUCUCGGGAAUUCAUUGAAACAGAUUCAUCUACAUCUGACUCCAACACAGAUCAGGAAGAGACCCUGCAAAUCAAAGUCCUGCCUCCAUGCAUUAUUUCUGGAGGUAAUACUGCCAAAUCCAAGGAAAUCUGUGGUGCUAGUCUGACCCUCAGCACCUUAAUGAGUAGCAGUGGCAGCAACAACAACUUAUCCAUCAGUAAUGAAGAGCCAACAUUUUCACCCAUUCCUGUCAUGCAAACUGAAAUGCUGUCCCCUCUGCGAGAUCAUGAGAACCUGAAAAACCUCUGGGUGAAGAUUGACCUUGACUUACUCUCUAGAGUACCUGGCCACAACUCACUCCAUGCAGCAUCUGCCAAGCCAGACCACAAGGAGACUGCCACAAAACCCAAGCGUCAGACAGCUGUCACAGCUGUGGAGAAACCAGCCCCUAAGGGCAAGCGUAAGCACAAGCCAACAGAAGUUGCAGAGAAGAUCCCUGAGAAGAAGCAGCGCCUGGAGGAGGCCACAACUAUCUGCUUGCUCCCCCCUUGCAUCUCACCAGCCCCACCCCACAAGCCUCCCAACACUAGAGAAAAUAAUUCAUCCAGGAGAGCAAAUAGAAGAAAGGAAGAGAAACUAUUUCCUCCUCCACUUUCCCCACUGCCAGAGGACCCUCCACGCCGCAGAAAUGUCAGUGGCAAUAAUGGUCCCUUUAGUCAAGACAAAAGCAUCUCUGUGACUGGACAAAUCACAUCUACCAAACCUAAGAGAACUGAAGGCAAAUUCUGUGCUACUUUCAAAGGGAUAUCGGUAAAUGAGGGAGACACUCCAAAAAAGGCAUCCUCUGCCACCGUCACUGUCACCAAUACUGCUAUUGCCACUGCUACUGUCACUGCUACUGCCAUUGUCACCACCACUGUCACAGCUACUGCCACCGCCACGGCCACCACCACAACUACUACCACUACCAUUUCCACCAUCACCUCUACCAUCACUACUGGCCUCAUGGAUAGCAGUCACCUGGAGAUGACAUCCUGGGCGGCUCUGCCCCUACUAUCCAGCAGCAGCACUAAUGUCCGGAGACCCAAGCUCACUUUUGAUGACUCGGUUCACAAUGCUGAUUAUUACAUGCAAGAAGCUAAGAAGCUGAAGCACAAAGCUGAUGCACUGUUCGAGAAAUUUGGCAAAGCUGUGAAUUAUGCUGAUGCCGCCCUGUCCUUCACUGAAUGUGGCAAUGCCAUGGAACGCGACCCUCUGGAAGCAAAGUCCCCGUACACCAUGUACUCUGAGACUGUGGAGCUCCUCAGGUAUGCAAUGAGGCUGAAGAACUUUGCAAGUCCCUUGGCUUCGGAUGGGGACAAAAAGCUAGCAGUACUAUGCUACCGAUGUUUAUCACUCCUCUAUUUGAGAAUGUUUAAGCUGAAGAAGGACCAUGCUAUGAAGUACUCCAGAUCACUGAUGGAAUAUUUUAAGCAAAAUGCUUCAAAAGUCGCACAGAUCCCAUCUCCAUGGGUUGGCAAUGGAAAGAACACUCCAUCCCCAGUGUCUCUCAACAACGUCUCCCCCAUCAACGCAAUGGGGAACUGUAACAACGGCCCAGUCACCAUUCCCCAGCGCAUUCACCACAUGGCUGCCAGCCACGUCAACAUCACUAGCAAUGUGUUACGGGGCUAUGAACACUGGGAUAUGGCCGACAAACUGACAAGAGAAAACAAAGAAUUCUUUGGUGAUCUGGACACCCUGAUGGGGCCUCUGACCCAGCACAGCAGCAUGACCAAUCUUGUCCGCUACGUUCGCCAAGGACUGUGUUGGCUGCGCAUUGAUGCCCACUUGUUGUAGUGGGUGUUCUCCUAUCUCUAGCAUCACGACCCAUCACUCUACCUCUACCAGCGCACUGAUGGUCACUGGUGGAACUCCACUCAUUGGGGAAAGUUCUCUUUGGUUAUGUUUGUUUUUAUGCUUCUUUUGUUAUCUGUGAAAAACAGAAGUCAUUGUAAGUUGACACUACAACUUAAGGGCAGUGUAUGUUUUAUUAGUCAUUUUUUUUAGCAUUUGAUAUGCAAUCCUCAGAUUCCACCAUCUUUUUGUGCUUCAUGGAAUGACAGUCCCUACAAUAUUGUUUUAAGCCCACACUACCCAAAACAAAGAAUGGGAAGCACUUGUGAUAAAGACAGGCUCCUGAGAAAUGCAACAAGUGGUCUUACAUAUACAUGAGAACUUAGACACAAGGGACCAUCCCCCAAACUAUACUCUUAUACCCAGAAAAAAACAUAUUUCAGAAUCUAUCAUUAAACUUUUGUGUAUUCCACAGAUUCAAUCUUCAGGUGAGAAUUUUCAUUGUCAAAACCCACUGGUUAGAUGUAGCAACAUCAUGAAAUCAAGAGUAUCGAGAAAAUAAAUGAGCAUAGCAAUGCUACUCUUAAAAAGAUGCUAUGCCACACAACCAGAGUACUUUCUUGCUAGCAUCCCUUUCCUGAUUCCCUAUGUUGUUAAUUAUAAUGAUAAGAAGAAAGGGUGACACUUAUUUUGACAAGUUUUAGGCAUCAGCUGGCAUCAGUAUUUUUCAACUCUAUUAUUUGAAGUGUAAAUCCUCACCUGGGAUUCUCUGUGUGCAAAACUCUCCUUUUGAGGAACAGUUUGGUUGAUGCAUGCUUUAGUAGCCAAAAUGCUACACUCUAGACUUAGAGUUGGGAGUUAAGAGAGGUCUGGAAAGUGUCCAAUAAGGAAUUCACACCUCUGCCUCCUUUACAACAACAACAUUUACACAGUUGGUAAGUGGGUCCAUAACUGGCAGGAUUUUUAAAUUGUAUUUUGCUCAAAUCUAUGGAAACAAAAAUCAAAAUCAAGUUAUCACUACCUAGAAGUAAUAAUAUACAGUUUUCUUCCUAGUGGCUUGAAAAUCUGGACUUCCUCAAUUAUUAUUUGCAUUUUCUCUCUUAUAGGGUUUCCGUUUUCUACCUUCUUUUUUCUCUUAUCUGUGUUUCCUUUUCCUUUGUUUGGCUCAUUAACUUUUGACUGAAUUACAAUUACUGAUUUUAUUAAAGUCCAUAUUAUCAUGAAUAAUUUCCAUGAAAAUUCCUAAGAAAACUCCAAACUCUCUAAAUAGUGGUUAGCUUCUAUUUUUUUUAAAUGAGUCUUGGGGUAGUUUCAAAAUCAGCUUCACCCUGAGAUGCUUUGAAAGAGCCCUAAACAUUGGGAACCAUUCACCUAAUCUGGAGAUAUUUCUCACUGGUUGUGACUACACCCUCAUGAUACUUUACAUUCAUUUUAUGUCCCUAAACAUCACAAUGUAAAUAUCAUUUUUGACGUUCCAGCUCACCAGAAGAUUCUUACACUUGUGGUAAACACUAUCCAAUGCAUUACUUACUGGUAAUUACCUGCUGGUAUAUAAUUCCAUGUAGCCUUUAAUAUGCUGGGUUAUCAAAUUCUGUUCACUGAGUUAUGACCAGAUAAAUAAUAGAUAUGCACAUGAAAGAUGCAAACUUGUAUGAUUAUUAAAGUAAGCCAUGCAGAUCCAUGAUAGAAACAGCAGGUGAUGACUCUGCACUCUCAUUGUCAAGAUUAGAUAUAUCCCCAGUUGCAAAACAGCCAUACUUGAGCUGUGCUCUGGUCAUCUUUGAGUUUAAGGCCCUUUGUUGUAUAAGGCUGUGGAAGUUGUACUCCAAUGGCUGAAGCCAUAUUGUUAAUAUGGCUGAUGGGAGCAUCCCAGCAGCUGAACCCAGCACUUUUUAUGCUCCCACUGUGGUCGAGCUUUAUGUUUACAGUCUCAGCAACAACACCUAUGCAUGCACACACAAAAAAUGAAACCUGAAAGAAUCUUUUCUGAGCCUCUUAAAAGAGGAAAAUGAUAACAUUAAAGACUCUGAACAUCCAAGGUUGGUGUCACAUAUAAAAAUUAAGCUGAUGACUUUGCAGUGACUCAAGUUCUCUCUUUAUCAUGGUUUACCAGGUAGAGUGCUUGGCUAUUACUAUAUAAGGAAGCCCACUGGCUUGACUUGUAAGUUCAACCUAAACCACAAUCCUAAACCAUUAUGGAUUUAGGAGUAGAUUCUUGAAAUCCCACAUCCAGAAACUAGACGUUAGAAUGUUGGGGCAGUUUCCCAGAAAAACAAGCAUAUUGCCUCAUGGAUGAAAGACUUGUAGUUCUAGUUUCAGUGACUUGUUAUAUCUACUUACAUACAACAGGGAGGCAAGAGGAUUCUCUGUCAUCUCUGGUGACUGAGUGUAAAAUAUGUGCCAAGUUGGCAGCACAGUGACCAAAUCUGACAAUCGAGCUCUGGAUCACCACUUGAUUAUGUAGUAGACUCAUUUAUAAAGCAGUUUAGGAACUAAUUAAACAUAGAGGAUGAAUUACCUUCCUAUCCCUUGAGAUAAGACAUCUUUCGGUUUCAUGAUUAAGGAUUGUUGCUGUUUUAUAGUUGCUCUAUUCAUCACAGUGUAAAUGGUGAUGCGUGUCGUAGGUGCGCAGGUAUUUGAGGGACUAAGGGAUGGAGAUAUUCCGUCAAAUGAAUCUCUUCAGCAUACCAGUUUGUGGGAGGGAUAUGAGACAUGUGGAUGGUAGUGAGAGAUUGUGCCUCUAGAUCUUGAUGGAGGCUUAGUGAGACACACUUAAAUAAGCACAUGGAGGUUAGAGUAGAGGGCAGAGUAAAAGGAAGGUCCAUCUGAGCAAGGACACCAAAAGAUCUCAGCCCUGCAACUUGACCCAGGUAGGGCCACCACUACGCCUUCACUUGUCACCCAAGCUCCAACCACAGAGAGUUUGACAAGCUUGUGUUAUGAUGUUGACUUGGCUUUGUAUUUUUAAUUAACUUUGGAUUUUUAGUGGUUUUGUCAUAUAACUGUCUGAGUUUGGUAGGUAGGAUUACUUUGAAAAGGGUUUACUAGUGUGGUCCUCCGGGUAGAAUUUAGCUGUAAGCAUGUUGUUAGCCAGCCUGUAGACUGUUAAUUACUUAAUAAUCUCAUUGGGAAAAUACUAGUAGUUUUAUAUUUGGAUGACAUAAUUGGAAAAGCAGAUUAGCUGCUACUACUUUUAAAAGACUUAAGGUCGGGAUGCCUUUUUUUUUUUCCAUGUAAGGAAAUGAAAAGAUCAAAAUCUUCAGGCAAUAAGCAAGUUGCAAAAUUAGAAACCAUUGCCUAAAAUAUGUUUUGUUGAGUUUCCAAAUGGAUGAAUUUUAAUUUGGACAUUACAUCACUAAGUGCAUUAGAUUUUGUCUGCAUUGGAAAGAUACUUCUUCUAGCAUAUCUUUCCCAAAGAUAUCUAAUUUGGAUUCUGUUUUAUGCAAAUUUGCAUCCCGGAGGUUGAAGUUGGAGUUUUGAGGUUGGAAAGUAUUUUUGAAGGCAGAAUCAAUUGAGUUGUGAGGGUGAGGCCCUCACAUACUUCUCAACAGACAUGAUAAAAUUCACCUGCAUGAGUUGGCAGGUGGGAAAACCAAACUGGAUCACUGGGUAAGACUACUCAGUAAAGCAAUGAACUGCUUGCUUAGAGAAGCAUCACUA